AUGGCUGAAAUGGUAACAAUUAAUUUACCACUGGAUGCAAGCUCACCUUCUUCAUCUAGAAGUCCCGACUGGCUGGCAUCGAUAAUUGCUGAAGGUCAGGAAGAGACUGACAACCAUAGGCAGUGGCCACAGAUUCCAAAGGUACCGGCUAGGCUCCGAGGGAUUCAGUCAAACAAGAAUUGCUACGAUCCCAUGGUGGUAUCCAUUGGUCCUUACCACCAUGGGAAGACUGAACUCUGGGAUCUGGAGAAGCUCAAGCUUACAUUUGUAUUCAAGCUUGUCAAAGAUAGUGGAAUAUCCAUUGACGAUUUUUACUUCAAGGUGGCGGAGGUGGCCGACGAUGCAAGGAAAUGCUAUGCUGAGGACCUAACAAAUGAGAUAGAUGAUGAGAAAUUUACUCAGAUAAUGUUUCUCGACAGCUGCUUCAUUCUCCAAUUUAUUGUCUGUCUCCUGCGCAGGCCUGAAGAUCUGAAGAUGACCGGUUACCAGUACUCGUACCGUUCCGCGAAAGACCUUAGGACCGUGGGUAUCCGCUUUAGGCCAAACUGGACUAAUGCGUACUCAAACGUCGAGUUCCAAUCAUCAGUCCGCGGUAGCAAACUAAUACUUCCUCCAGUAACCAUAGAUGACUCAUUCAAGUCCAUGCUGUUAAACUUGAUAGCCUAUGAAACUACAUCCUCUGAUUUAUCUGGUCAACUUUGGGUUUCUUCGUAUGCAUGCUUCUUAGAUUCAUUGAUUCAAGAUGUUGAAGAUGUGAAGGUGCUGCAAUCAGAUGGCGUACUCAAUAUUUUUGUUCGUGUGCAGGAGGUUGCAGAUCUCUUCAAUCAGAUGUCCAGAAACUUGGUGCCCAACCCUUAUGCUUAUAGUGAUGUCAAAAGGAAAAUUGAACUGGACCGCAAGAACAUCACCAAGAAAUGGGUAGCUGAGUGGCUGCAAACUUACUUUAGCAGUCCAUGGAGCUUUAUUGCACUUGUUGCUGCAACUUUAACCAUUAUAUUAACUACUGUGCAGACAUUUAUGCAAUGCACUGAUGAUACUUGUAGUUGUAAGUGCUGUUCACCAGCUAAAGGCACUUCACUGACUUCCAACUUAUUAGAUGAGUGUGAAUUUGUUCUUCCUUUGGAGCUUUUGAGGACACAAGAAGAUGGAGAUGCUGGCAGGCCAAGACAAAACAGCAAGUGCAUAGAAGAGUGGUAA